GACGCUUCUCGCACAGGCGAGCGCGGGGUCGCAAGUCCCCACCGGGCGGGCUUGUACCACUCUACUCCCGCCAUGGCGAUGUCGCCCUGGGCGUGAAGGAGCUGGAGAGGGGGAGCUCACCGCUGGCGCCUGCGAGGCGAGCGCUGCUCGGCUGCCCGACCGAGCUGGACCGCAACCCUCCGUCCAACCAAGUGGACUGGCUGCGGGAGCCAGGGUCCGCUGCGUACAUGAAUGGUUCCCUGGACGACUUCUUGGGCUCCGAGCCCGCAGAGACGGACGCCACGAGCGCGGACCAGCCGGUUCGGACAGAUGCUUUGCGUUCCAUCUUCGGGGCGACAGAGUUGCCCAUGGAUGCGGACGGAGGCCCCCAAGAGAUCAACGAAGCCCCCAAUGGGGACCUCAAGGGCCAGUAUGACGUCACCGACGCGGCUAGGGACCUCGAAGGAGCUGUCGCAGAACUAUGGAGGCUCAGCGCGGACAUCGUAGGACACCUUCUUCUUGGAGUCUUUAAGGCUGCCCAAGCUUACCAACGAGUUCCCCGGAGGUUCAAAGAUGGCGAAGCGGUCUCUCUGAGGAAGCCCAAGGGCGACGGGAUGAACGCCAAGGACCAUUACAGAACAAUCAAUCUCAUCGGCCACGUGGGCGAGGCAUUCACGAACGUUCCAAUUUUGCCAGAGUUGCGCUCGAUGCCGGGCGUGCUUUCUGUCGCGCAGUUCGGCGCAAUUCAGGGUCGAUCCACGAAAGACGACAUUGCUUUAGUUGAUGAAGUCGGCAGACGCUUUCGCUCUAACCCGCACCGAGCCCAGUCACCGCACACUAUCCUCGUGUCUGCACUGACUGACGCAGAGAAGGCUUGCGACUCACUAGAUCGGAGUCAAGUGUGGAUCGCCCUCGAGCAGCUCGCGCUUUUCCGCCAGACCCGCCUGGUGACUGAGGAACUCUACAACGGCACAUGCCACGUACUUCGCGACGCUCGUACCAAUCGCCCCUGUCGCCAACUACUCAUCCGCAACGGCAUUAGACAAGGCAGCGCUGAAGGUCCAGGAUUGUUUAUAGCUAUCUGUGGCGCGAUUACCCAGGAGCUCGGAAGCCAGACCAGAUCCGCGGGGCACCAGGGCAUUCAGGUUCAGUACGACCUCCACUUCCAGGUAUUUAGGAACUCGGCCAACUUCACGGAUAUCGAGUUAAAGGAUCUAGACACGUCCCAGAUCAAAUUCCUAGAUGUCUUAAUCGCGCUGGCGGUUGUCGACAACCUAGAUGCUGUCACCUCGUUCCUAGACUUCCUGAGGGCUCACGUUCAUGCCAGCGGCUUGACCAUGAACGUCGAGACUCGCCUCUUCUCCACGAAGAAGGCUCACGGCCGGCUGGCCCAGAGAGUCUUGAAAGGCAACCUCAGCACACGACUGAAGGUGCGAUUGUGGUGUUCGCUGGUCCGAUCUAUCGCGCUGCAUGCAUUGGAGGUCGCCUUUCUGACACGCACCGACCUAUACAAGUUGGAGCGACGGCAGACCCGCAAGCUUCGACACCUUCUGAGGCGACCGACGUUCACGCCAGCAGCCGAGCUUCUCAAGAAGAGGGACGCGGGCGAGGCAGGGGUCGAGGACGCCGACAACACCAGCAGAGAGGCCGAGGCCGUAGGAGGCGCGCGACGCAGUCGCACCCGCGGCCAUCCGCUAGGCAAGAAGCCAGACGCCUACCUCCGCAUGUUGCUCUUCAGCAUGAGCGAGGCGGCGAAGACCAAGUACGACGAGGUCAAGGCCGCGGUGGCACAGGGACCUCACCCGCAGGAGUCCGAGGCCGCGCUGACGAUGUUGAUGAACUUCGGGGAGAGGCUCAAGGACCCAGAGGUGCGCCUCAAGGCGACGAGAUGCUUCGACGUGACGGUCACGACAGACAACGACGGAGAGGAAGUAGAGGAGGGCAAAUGGACAUUCGCAGCUACGGCGCAUCCCAGCACGGUGCAGGCCAUGUACACGCUCAAGGCCAAUGGCGGCCUGAAGUCCGCGAGCACGAUUCUAGAUGACGACGACGCUCCACGGUCCCAGACGGCCAAGGAGCUCGAGAAAUUGGUGUUCAAGGGCGACGGGAACAGCGCCAGCUUCAAGCAGAAG